AUGGCUCCCAUCAAGGUCGGCAUCAACGGUUUCGGCCGUAUCGGCCGUAUCGUCUUCCGCAACGCCGUCGAGCACCCUGACAUCGAGGUUGUUGCUGUCAACGAUCCUUUCAUUGAGCCUCACUACGCCGUCUACAUGCUCAAGUAUGACUCUUCCCACGGUAUCUUCAAGGGUGAGGUCGGCAACGAUGGUAAUGACCUUGUCGUCAAUGGCAAGACUGUCAAGUUCUACUCUGAGCGCGACCCCGCCAACAUCAAGUGGUCCGAGACCGGCGCCGACUACGUCGUCGAGUCUACUGGUGUCUUCACCACCAUUGACAAGGCCAAGGCCCAUCUUGCUGGUGGUGCCAAGAAGGUCAUCAUUUCUGCCCCCUCUGCCGACGCUCCCAUGUACGUCGUCGGUGUCAACGAGAACAAGUACGACGGCUCUGCCGACAUCAUCUCCAACGCCUCUUGCACCACCAACUGCCUGGCUCCCCUCGCCAAGGUCAUCAACGACAAGUUUGGUAUCGUGGAGGGUCUCAUGACCACCGUCCACUCCUACACUGCUACCCAGAAGACCGUCGAUGGUCCCUCCGCCAAGGACUGGCGAGGUGGCCGUGGCGCUGCCCAGAACAUCAUCCCCUCCAGCACUGGUGCCGCCAAGGCUGUCGGCAAGGUCAUUCCUGAGCUCAACGGUAAGCUCACUGGCAUGUCAAUGCGUGUCCCUACCGCCAACGUUUCCGUUGUCGAUCUUACUGUCCGCCUUGAGAAGGGUGCUUCUUACGACCAGAUCAAGAAGGUCAUCAAGGAGGCCUCUGAGGGUGACCUCAAGGGCGUUCUGGCCUACACUGAGGACGAUGUUGUCUCCUCCGAUCUCAACGGUAACACAAACUCCUCCAUCUUCGAUGCUAAGGCCGGUAUCUCUCUCAACGACAACUUCGUCAAGCUGGUCUCCUGGUACGACAACGAGUGGGGUUACUCCCGCCGUGUCCUCGACCUCCUGGCCCACGUUGCCAAGGUCGAUGCCUCCAAGUAA